GGACGUCGUAUCGGCGUAUCUUGCACAUUUAAGCCGUUGCCUUGGGCGAGCGAAGAUCUCGUGCUAAGCAGAGCAAAAGUUUGUCGACUGAGUGUGCAGAAAAAAGUCUCUUCUUUCUGCUUUUGAUAUUUGAGACAAAGACAGUCAUUCGUGGAGAAAGAAAAACAAAUAAAAAAUGGUGAAUCGUACUGCGAAGAUGCUGUGGAUAAUCCUUGUCCUGGGGGGCGUGGCUCUGAUGAAAGUCGAAGGCGCUUCUGUAGAAGCAAAUAUGGCCCUUCUUGCAGAUUCCUAUGGUGCCAAGGCCGAAAACACCACACACCACAGCAACGUCACUGGAGAGACCACCACACACAGCAACGUCACUGGAGAGACCACCACACACAGCAACGUCACUGGAGAGACCACCACACUCCACAGCAACGUCACUGGAGAGACCACCACACACAGCAACGUCACCGGAGAGACCACCACACACAGCAACGUCACUGGAGAGACCACCACACUCCACAGCAACGUCACUGGAGAGACCACCACACUCCACAGCAACGUCACUGGAGAGACCACCACACUCCACAGCAACGUCACUGGAGAGACCACACUCCACAGCAACGUCACACAGCACGGCAACAUUACGACCGUCACGAGCCCCACCACCUCGCAUUUGUCAACGGGGACGACGGCUUCGACGACGGCACAGCCUCAGAAAGGAAACUCCUUCAGCGUGGCCUCCUUCUUCGGCGGCAUGGCGGUGGCAGCUGGAGUGGCCAUCAUCAUCUUUGUUGCCGUCCGCUGUUACAACAUGAAGAAGAAAUCCAAUUACCACGCAAUGUAAAACCUUCGAGCUCUGAACACUCAUUUUCAUGUGUCAUUACAGCAAACAUGAUUUAUCAACGAACCGUCAAAUAAACUGGUCCAAUGAGGUCAAAGAUGCCCUCGCAAUUCGUCGUCUUGUGUAUUCCCCGUCUGUUUGUUUUCCUUGUUUCUGCUGCGUCUCCCCUCUUCAGUCUCUCUCUCUAUCCGUCUUGCUUUCUAUUUUUUUUCUCUCUCUCUCUCUCAUUUGAGACGUAUGUCAAACGUAUUAAAAAUUGCAGGGUUUUCUGCGUUACCACAAGGCCUGAAGUGUCAACAGGCGCACUGCCACUCCUUUCAAGAGAUUUACAUCCUUUUCUUUUAUCAUCGUGUGCUUACAUCUACAGCAAGCGCAUGCCUCUCUCCUCAAUCACUCCCACAAAAAAUCACUCGUUAUUCAGUUGAUUGCUGUUACGUACAUAUGACCGAGUGAUAUAGAGUCUCUCUCUCAGCAACACAAACGCACGCGCGAACGCCCACACACACGCACACUGUAUCGCUACCUAAUGCUCUCUCCCUAACGACCAUCUUCAAUCUCUCGAUUUUUCUUUCCUUUCAGAUACUUCAAACUUCAAGCCUGAAAUGAGUAUCAACAUCGAAUUUUACAAUUAAAUUUCAUGACAAUGUACAGCUGAUGGUACACGCUUCACUAAAGUUGUCUCAAAAACGUCUGUAUAAGAUGUUAAUUAAUUCCUCAUUAUAAUACUACUUUGUUAACUGACUUAUCUAUGAUUUCCCAAUACAUGUGUAAUUUAUGAAGAUGUUCUCAAUAAUGUUUGUGAAGAGAUUUGUGAAUAGUUCUGCUUCAUAGAUCGUGAAGUUUUGCUCCAAAAAUGCAAAAUACAAACUGGAGCCUUUAAAUGUGACAUAGAUGGUCUGUGAAUAAACCAGGAUUUAAUAAGUGAAUAAAACGAAACAUCUUUUUAUAA